AUGAGCACACAACUUACUUCACACCAAAGAAUUCACAGAGAGGACAACGAGUAUACAUGCUCAGAGUGUGGAAAGUCAUUUCCUAAUAGGUCACAUCUUAUUUUACAUCAAAGAGUACACACUGGUGAAAAGCCGUAUCUGUGCUUGGAAUGUGGAAAGAACUUUCGCUACCAAGCAAGCCUUAUUUCACAUCAAAGAAUACACACAGGUGAGAGACCGUAUAAAUGCUCAGAGUGUGGAAAGACAUUUAUUCAUAAGUCUAGUCUUAAACCGCAUCAAAGACUGCACAGAGGGGAAAAACCAUAUCAGUGUUCGGAAUGUGGAAAGAGCUUCUCUUGGCAAGUCCAUCUCACUUCACACCUUAGAAUUCACACAGGAGAAAAAACAUAUCACUGCUUGGAGUGUGGAAAGAGAUUCAGUAGGAGUGAGGUCCUUGCUGCGCAUCAAGUAAUGCAUACAGGGGAGAAACCCCACAAAUGCUUUGAGUGUGGAAAGAGCUACAGCUAUAGAAGAAGCCUAAUUUCACAUCGAAGAGUACACACAGGUGAGAAGCCAUAUCAGUGCUUAGAAUGUGGAAAAACAUUUCCUUACCUGUCCAGUCUUAAUUCACAUCAAAGAGUACACACGGGUGAAAAACCAUAUCCGUGUUUGGAAUGUGGAAAGAACUUUUCUUGUGGGUCUAGACUUACUUCACAUCUUAGAGUUCACACAGGGGAGAAAUCAUAUCAAUGCUUGGUGUGUGGAAAGAGCUUCAUGAUGAGCAGAAAGCUUAUCUCACACCAAAGAAUUCACAGAGAGGACAAAGACUAUGAAUGCUCAGAGUGUGGAAAGAGAUUUCCUUAUAAGUCAAGGCUUAAUUCACAUCAAAGAGUACACACAGGUGAAAAACCAUAUCCGUGUUUGGAAUGUGGAAAGAACUUUUCUUGUGGGUCUAGUCUUACUUCACAUCUUCGAGUUCACACAGGGGAGAAACCAUAUUGGUGUUCAGAAUGUGGAAAGAACUUUUCCCAGCCAUCAAACCUUACCUCACAUCAGAGGAUGCACACAGGUAAAAAACCAUAUCAGUGCUUAGAGUGUGGAAAGAGCUUUAGUAGGGGUAACACUCUUACUGUGCAUCAAAGAAUACAUACAGGGGAGAAACCCCACAAAUGCCUUGAGUGUGGAAAGAGCUACCACUGUAGAGUUAACCUUAUUUCACAUCAAAGAAUACACACUGGUGAGAGACCAUAUCAAUGCUCAGAGUGUGGAAAGACAUUUCCGUAUCAGUCUAGUCUUUAUUCACAUCAAAGACGGCACACAGGGGAAAAACCAUAUCCGUGCUUGGAGUGUGGAAAGCACUUCAAAAAUCAUGCACAGCUCACGGCCCAUCAUGGAGUUCACAUGGGGGAGAAACCGUUUAAAUGCUUAGAGUGUGGAAAGAGCUUCAGAAGGAGCACACAGCUUACAUCCCAUCAUAGAGUUCACACAGGGGAGAAACCAUAUCAGUGCCUAGAGUGUGGAAAGGGCUUCAGUCAUAGAGGACCGGAGAGGCGGCUGCCCUUGCAGGGAGGAGCAAGUGAGUGA